AUGGCAUCGAGGCAGUGGAUCGCUCUCCACAGCAGGGUCUGGGUCUGGGAUGCAGCGGGCCAAAUGAGUGGGCGGCAGCAGUGCAGCAUGCAUCAGGGCCGUGAGAGCAACACGCCCAGGGAGGAUGCGAGCUGGCGACGUCUCGUCUGGCGACGGCAUAAGCGGCUCAGCAUUGCCACCCCUGCCGGCGCCUGUUUGAGCCUCGACGCAAGGGCGACGUAUAUGUUCGAAUUCAUUCACUCACUGCUGUCUCGGGACGGCUGGCCGAGUCGCCAGGCCGAUGCGCGUAGAAUGCAGACGAUUCGGCCUAGCGACCAAGCGCCGUCGGGGCCAGGAUUAAGGUUCAUUACCGGUGGGCUGAACGAUCGAUUAGACGGCAGCAAGCGAGCAGCUAAAGUCAUCAUCUCCUCCGAUCAACAACUUGACCUCGUCCGCCUCAUCAACCGCCCCCUCCAGGCCAGCCACACCACCACGCCUUCACCCCGUACCUGCUGA